AUGGAGAGACGCAUGGGAUCUCGGGCCUCCACCUGCCAGAGUCAUAUCAACCCAGUGGGUGGUGGCGCCAUUAACGGAAAUGGUGGCAACAGUCAAGAGCGCCUUAACAGUACCACAUUACAGCAGCACAUGCAGAUUGAAUGGACGAGUUUCGAUCGUCACUUCAACGACAUUGUGCGGGAGUACGUAAAACGAAUAUUAUCAACAGAUGAGGUAUUGGUCUCCUCACCAAUGGGACAGGAUGAGGCUGGAAUGCCGAGUGCUGCACACAACGCAAACAACAGGAGCAGUGGUAGUAACAACAGCAAUAAAGAUUGGAAGGCCAAGUCGGAGGCAGACAGAUCAUCGGCGCGAAUUCGACGAGCCGUGCUGCAGAUGGAGCGUUGUGGUGUGUGCCGCCUUGUAGAUCUGAUGGCGCAUGCUGCCAGAUGCGAAACACGUUUUGGCUCUCCACAGCGUAGCACAGCCUCGGGACACCAAACUCGCAAUUCUUUUGAUGUACUCUCUCCGAUCAGUAUAUGUGGCUCACACUCGGCGGAGGUGUCGUUAAGCAGCACAGCAGGCGGAAACGGCUUGCCACACCCCACCGCACCCAUGGGGACGCGUCCACCAGCCCACACCUGGCAGGUGGAGAACACAUGGGCGUGGAGAGAUACUCAUUGGGCGCCGAUGCAGCAUCAACAGAAAGAGCAACUACAUCAUCAGCGGAAGUUGCUUCUAAACCCAGUUUCAGAAACAGAGUCCUCGGAUCCGCACGUACAUAUUGAACCUCCCGCAGCUUCUACCGUCACUGCUAUCAAUGCAACUACCAAUGGUAGUGCUGCUGCUCCUGUGGAUCCUGAUGGCGACGCGGGCUCCGAUGCUGGCGCCUCUUACAACAAAGGGGUGCUUGCGCAGGGUCUAGCGACAGAUGUGGAAACACCCGUGGAGAGUAUCUGCAAGUGGGCGGCGCACAUGAAUUUGGAGGAUGAGGAUCUUGUGCAGCUCAUGAUGCUGCUCUUUGACGUCGUCCAUGCUGUGCUCGAUAAACCAGCAGGUGGUGUAAGCGACGAAAUCAGCGCUACAGCGGAUCCAUGCACAUCGAAUGUCAUACUCCUGCUUUUGAAGAGCACGGUUGUGCCUCUCCUGCAAAAUACACGGCGGGCGCUGAGGGAGAUGGUUAGUUGCAGAAGCAGUAGCCGUAACCGCAAAAAUAACAAUAGUGACACUGGUUAUGCGGUGCCGACGUUGCCAAAAGGCAAGCAGCUACCUGACGCGAGGUUGUGUGAGAGCAGCAAUAUCUCCUGCAUGAACAGCGAUGCAUCACGACAAAUUGCGGCGGUACCGCCGUCGGAAAGUUUGCAUCGCUUCUUCUGUGAAACGUGUCCGCAGGACUGUCGUUCACACAACUUUCAGCUGCUGGUGCAGCAAAGCUGCUUGGUUCUGCAUUUUGCAGUGCUCAGCAGCAGCAGCAGCAGUAGCAACACCGUCUCAUCGUCUCAGAUGGUGCUCGAUGCAUUAAAUGAGAGCGCUUCUGUCCUAUACCCGCUCCGCACACGCGCACUCUCGCUGAGGCAGCAGUACAUAUAUGUGCACCACUCACCCGACGCCGUGGUGCCCAUCAGCGUCUUGUCGCUCGCAUCGGACAGCGUCGUGCUCGAUGGCAUCCUCUGCGAAGCGGUGGUGUCACUGGCCAUCCCCUACAAUGCAGAGUCGUACAAAGUGAUGCGCAGCGGCAGCAUCUGUGGUAACGAUGAUCAGGUCGUUGUGAUAGACAACAGAAGCGACUCCAAGAAAAAGAGUGGUGCUGCCGACGAUGACGGCGGCGGUGGCGGCGGCGAGGCAGUCGAGGCUGGCACCGCGACAGUGACGGUGGUGGUGUAUCCGCUGUGCGUCACCGCUGCAGGCGUCGAGCACCACUUUUUCUUCCAGACAGCGUCUCUCCGCGCGGCGUGGCUGCACCGCCUCGAUGUGGUUGUCACGACUUGCAGCCGAAAGAACGCUGCAGCCGUCGCGGUGGCCCCAAUCAACAUCAACGCUUUUCUACGCAAUCGCUUCGCGUUCAAUCAGGGGCCGGGCGCGUACACCUUUAUCCGUCCUCUUGGCGCUGGUACGUUUGGUCGCGUGCUGCUGGUCCGCCAUCGCCUCACUGGCCGCUUGUUCGCAAUGAAGAUAAUACGCAAAUCAUGCUUUCAUGCCCUGCGCAACAUCGUUGAGGUGCGGCGGGAGCGCGCAAUCCUCGAAAGCCUGGACAACCCCUAUAUCAUCCGCAUUCAUGCCACCUUCCAGACUCUCUCGCGUGUGUACUUCCUGUUGGAUUACCUUCCUGGCGGGGAGUUGCUGCGGCACGUGCAGAUCGCGCCGAACCAUCACUUUGAUGAGCAAGUUGCACGCUUCUUCACUGCCGAGCUUGCCAUCGCGCUUGAUCACCUCCGUCAACGUGGCAUUCUCCAUCGCGACGUAAAAGGAGACAACUUACUGCUAGACGAAGACGGCCACAUUGUGCUCACCGACUUUGGUUUUGCAAAGCGCAUUGUGAAUGAUAGUGGGCAGACCAUACGGCAGCGUGUGUGCUGUGGGACACUGGCGUACAUUGCACCGGAGAUGCUGCACCACAACCACACUUGCAACUAUGGGUUCGAGGUGGACUGGUGGAGCCUCGGCGUGGUGCUCUUCACCAUCCUUACUGGCUACUUCCCAUUUCUCACGACCACACGUCGCGGAACGGCGCUGGCGAUUCAGUCGCAGCCGCUGCAAUUCCCCAACGAUAAGGCUGUCUCGGCGGAGGCGAAGGACCUGCUGCUUCGCCUCAUCAACAAGGACCCACAGCGGCGACUCACCUCGCUGGCCGCACUGAAGGAGCAUCCGUUCUUCUGCAAUUUCGACUGGGAGGCGUGUGCGCAGCGGCGAAUGCGGCCGCCGGUGCUUUUGCACGGCGGCGCGUACGAGAAGAAAGACACACCGCUAGCGACGCCCUUGCAACAGCAGCCACUGGCGCCUGCAAAAACAGGCCCCGGGAACAUUGCCCAGCAGAAAACUGGUUUCCUAGAGGAACUGGAGCAGCUGCGACUCCUGCAGGAUAUCUACAGCGAGGGGUGUGUGCCACCUACCACGUCGAGGGAGGAUGAUGUGUUCAGCAGCUUCUACGCACGGCAGGAGGAAAACGGCAGCGAUCGCGAUGAGGACGCUGACGUUGACUACAGCACCAUAAUGGGGGAGUCGGAUGUGGAGACAAGCAAUCAGCGGCGCACAUCCCUCAACGUGUCGCGUGGGUUUUUGCCGUCGCCUGCUGCAGCGGGUAAUUCUACGGUCGAGGACUUGGAUGACUUGGUGGGGGAAUUCAACGAGUCUGCGUACCUCUCCACUGGUAGUAUGAAUGCAGUAAUGAGCACCAAUGCGGUACGUGCUUCGACGUCACUCUUCUUCCGGCCCUGCCCUCCGCCCAAGUGCUGA